AUGAGUGCGCCUGUACGGCGGGACGGCCAGCAACGGACGUUCAGCAGCUUCCGCCGUUUGUUAAAAAGUCCGGGAGACAGAACUCUAGGACAUUUCCGAGCUGCUGUACCGCCCGUGCCGCCCGCACCGACCGGGAGCACUGCACACCGACCGGGCGGGCGGCACGGGACUUCCGCCAUUCUCAACUGGUCUCCGUCAAAGUCGCAAUGUUUUAGUUUAAUGACCCCCAAACACGGCAAACAUGUGACGGUGUUGGCGGCGAACAUGCUCACCCGUCUAGUGUGGGGUCUGCAAGCCUUCGUACCGACGAGCAUGUUGGGCUCAGCGCUUGGCUCGUCGGACGUCACAGCCAUACAUCGAUGGUCACAGCCAGUGGCGGCGGAACCAGGGGGUCAGGGGGCAAUGAAGAGACAGAAAAUCACGAACUAUUUUAAUAAGAAAACUAAGGUUGACACAUCGUUAAGUGAAAAUGGCUGUGGUGAAAAACAGUGUGACACUGUGGUGCAAAGUAGCCCGAGUGUUAGUGUUAGUCCUAGAGCCAGUGACUCUGCUCCAGCUUCAACUUCAACACAAUCUACGUUUGAAAGAGAUGAAGCAAAGAAGCUUAACCUAAAGGUUAUAUCCAAAACGAAAGUAGACGAAACAUUCAUUAUCAGUGGAUUUUCAAAUUGGAAAAAAGCUUCUGAGAAGUUUUCUUCUCAUGAAAGCAGUGAAUGCCAUAAAGCGUCAGUUGCAUCCAUAAUGUCCUUCAACCAAACUCCCAUUACGGCACAGUUGUCUAAUCAAAUAAAUAAUCAGAUGAUAGCUGCACAAAAAGCCCUUAUUAGCAUUGUAUCUUCAAUUAAGUAUUUAGCCAGCCGUACCAUGGCACUAAGAGGUCACGGAGACAAUGAAGGAAACUUCUAUGAACUUUUGCAGUUGAGAGCAAAUGACAUUCCCGAACUGAAAGAAUGGCUUCAACGAAAAAGAGCGUGGCUUACUCAUGACAACCAGAAUGAAAUCCUGGAGCUCUUGGCCUUAGAGGUGAUGCGGAGACUCAAUAAUAGCAUAAAAGAAGAUGAAUAUUUUUCCUUAAUAGUAGAUGGGACAACAGAUGUGUCGACAAAAGAACAAGUUUCCUUAUGUAUAAGACAUGUCAAUGGUGACUUUGAGGUUUCUGAAGACUUUAUUGGUUUAUAUGAGACAUCUUCGACAACUGGGGAAACUCUGACCAAAAUAAUACAAGAUGUACUGUUGAGGUUAGACCUGAACAUAGACAACUGUCGUGGACAGUGUUAUGAUGGGGCUGGAAAUAUGAAGGGCCACAUGAAAGGUACUCAGGUUCGAAUAAGUAAAAUAGAACCCCGUGCAACAUACAUACACUGCUUCAAUCAUGCGUUGAAUUUAGCUGUUAUCGAUGCUACUGGGGCUGUACCCGAAUUCGGAAAUGUUCUACAAAAUGUACAUGAACUUGGCAAGUAUUUCAAUAAAUCUGCUAAAAGGACAGAUAUCAUGCUUCACCAUAAAUCAGAUGACAAUCUUGCCUUGACUAAAAAUACUAAGCUAAAACCUCUAUGUCCUACAAGAUGGACAGUGAGACUGAAGUCUCUACAAGCUGUUAACUCACAAUAUGAGACUGUUCUAAGUGCUUUGGAAAGCAUCAAAACUGAAGAUCCUGAUCCUACUGCCAAUGGUUUACAUUCAUUUUUUGAGAAAACUCUCACACUGUUUCAUUUAGAACUCGGUGUUUUGAUUUUUGAAAUAACAGACGAGCUUGCUAAGAAACUGCAAAUAAGUGACAUUAGUAUAACCUAUGCCUUAGCCCAAGUUGACAGAGUUAAACAACGUUUAACAAAGUUGAGAACCGAUGAGAAGUUUAACGAACUAUGGGAGAAAGUGAAGAAACGAGGGGCAGAUAUGGAUUUACUCCCGGUCACUCUUCCACGUGUUCGAGCGCCUCCAAAACGACUAGAACAGAAAAGUGAUGCUUCUCCACCAGUGACGUUCUCCGGUCCAGAGACUUAUUUGAGGAAACAGUACUUCGACGUUUUGGACAACUUAAAGUCAGACAUUGAUUAUAGAUUUCAACAUCCCGGAGUCAAAAUAUACAGAGACAUUGAAACUGUUUUAAUGAAAGCAGUAAACGGGAAGACAGAAGAAGUAAAAAUUGAAGUGGACAAUAUAUGUGACCAUUUUAAAACUGACUUGGACAAGAAAAAGCUUACAAGCCAAUUAAACAGUCUACAAGAUUUACCAAAAAAGAAGGAAGUUAAAAGUGUACGUGAUUUUGUUGUGACUUUAAAUAGUGAGCCUCAAGAAAACAAACAAUUUUUGUCUGAAGUAGUAAAGGUUGUCAAGUUACUGCUUGUCUUACCAGCGUCUGCAGCAACUGCAGAAAGAACCUUUUCUUGUCUUCGUCGCUUGAAAACGUGGCUGCGUUCCACGAUGAUGCAGAAGAGAUUGAACCAUCUUGCCAUCUUAUCCGUCCAUAGGGACAUUGCUAAAUCUAUUGAUGAUAAGCACAUUGCAAGAAUGUUUGUCAAUAGAGUUGAAAGUCGCUGUGCAGUUUUCGGGAAUUUCAAAGACUGA